GUGCACUUCUGCGUGUUUAACAUUUAUCCUGAAAUUUUAUAUAGAAACAGCAAGAGAUCCUCAAUAUCCGAUACCACUGCUCCCAUAUAAGGCAAAUCCAGAGUGCGCUGAGCCUGAUACGCUACUGCGCUUGCGCCGACGCCACCGCGCAGCUCACUCUGCAGUGGCCGUUCAAACUACGCUCAGUUCGGUCGUCAAAGUUAUUGAGGUUGUGUCGCGCGCUAUUACCCUCAUAAUACGGUAUAUUCUCAUGAUCUUCUACCGUGUUUAGUUCCGUUUCACGCGUCCCACUCCCAUCAAAUCACAAUGUGCGACCAGAACAACACACAGAGCAUAGCGGACUACCUGGCUCAACUGUUGAAAGACAGAAAACAGCUAGCAGCGCUGCCUAACGUUUUCAUACACGUAGAAAGGCUUCUGGAUGAAGUUACCAAGGAUAAACCUAAACCAACUCCAGGAAUCAACGGAAUCGUAUAUUAUCAAGCAUUUACAAUCUUGAGAAUGCAACGUAACUAUUACAUGUGCAUGCCUUUCACUAGUACCACCAUUAAAAUUUCUGUAAAGCACCUGGUAUAA